AGCAACGCCCCUCGCUAUAAAUUCAGAGCUGCCGCGUCGCGGACGAUUCCAGCGCGCUCGUCAGCCCAGGGCCCCAGGCAGUGGUGGCAGGCACUGCGAGCAUCUGUUUCGGGCUGGGACGGCGACUGAUGGGGAGCAGCCCGAGCGAACCCCGGGAGUGAGGGCGCACCGCCGGGACGCGGAAGACGCGGGCGGAAGCCCCGCACCAGCGCUGCCAACUCGCUGUCCGACGUGAGCUCAGGGCCCCGGGCGCGGAUUUAAUACAUGAUAAAUUGGUCUAAAAUGGCCAAGUUUUCAUCUGAAUAAGACACUGAAGCCAUCCUAGAAGUUCUGCAUCCAGGUGCAUCUGGCAUAGUGUCUAAGACUAAUUAACCCAGGAGAUCAAAAUGAUCCUCAACUCUUCCACUGAAGAUGGUAUUAAAAGAAUCCAAGAUGACUGUCCCAAAGCUGGAAGGCACAAUUACAUAUUUGUCAUGAUCCCUACUUUAUACAGUAUCAUUUUUGUGGUGGGAAUAUUUGGAAACAGCUUGGUAGUGAUUGUCAUUUACUUUUACAUGAAACUGAAGACUGUGGCCAGUGUUUUUCUUUUGAAUUUAGCACUGGCUGACUUAUGCUUUUUACUGACCUUACCACUGUGGGCUGUCUACACUGCCAUGGAAUAUCGCUGGCCCUUUGGCAAUUACCUGUGUAAGAUCGCUUCAGCCAGUGUCAGUUUCAACCUCUAUGCCAGUGUGUUUCUACUCACAUGUCUAAGCAUCGACCGUUACCUGGCUAUUGUUCAUCCAAUGAAAGCCCGCCUUCGGCGUACAAUGCUUAUGGCCAAAGUCACCUGCAUCAUUAUUUGGCUACUGGCUGGCUUGGCCAGUUUGCCAACUAUAAUCCACCGAAACGUGUUUUUCAUUGAGAACACCAAUAUCACGGUUUGUGCUUUCCAUUAUGAAUCCCAAAAUUCAACCCUCCCCAUUGGGCUGGGCUUAACUAAGAAUAUACUGGGUUUCUUGUUUCCUUUUCUGAUCAUUCUUACAAGUUACACUCUUAUUUGGAAGACUCUGAAGAGGGCUUAUGAGAUUCAAAAGAACAAGCCAAGAAAUGAUGAUAUUUUCAAGAUAAUUAUGGCAAUUGUGCUUUUCUUUUUCUUUUCCUGGGUUCCCCACCAAAUAUUCACUUUUCUGGAUGUAUUGAUUCAGCUGGGCAUCAUACAUGACUGUAAAAUUGCAGAUAUUGUGGACACCGCCAUGCCCAUCACUAUUUGCAUAGCUUAUUUUAACAAUUGCCUGAAUCCUCUCUUUUAUGGCUUUCUGGGGAAAAAAUUUAAAAAAUAUUUUCUCCAGCUUCUGAAAUACAUCCCUCCAAAGGCCAAAUCCCACUCAAACCUAUCAACAAAAAUGAGCACACUUUCCUACCGCCCCUCAGAUAAUGGAAACACAUCCGCCAAGAAGCCUGCCUCAUGUAUUGAGGUUGAGUCACACACUUGAAGCCUAUCUGUGAAGUAAUCCUGUGAAAAGAGAAGCAAGAAACACAUUCCUCUACAGCACCUCACUACCAAAGGAACAUUAGCUACUUUCCAGAAUUUAAUAAGAAAAAGGUUAUGUGGUCUCAACAAACCUUUCUAAAGCUCUGAACAAAACCUUUUCUUUCCCUGUGCAACAAAACAUAAAGUGAAGCCACAUUUUGCAUCAGACAGACGACGGCCACUCCAAGAACGAUGUCAGAAGCUAGAUGAAUGUGUUCACUGGGAAAAUUUUACUGGCAGAAAUGCCGUCUCCGCAGCCGGCUCCUGUUCUGUUAUUUUUGACUCUUCCACAUGAAGGUAUUUGGAAUGUGUUCAACCUUGAGAGGAGCAACAGGAGGUCAGAGCUUAAGAUUGCUCUGCCCAGUUUCCAAGGGGCAGUAAAGCUUUUUUGUGCCUAUGGAGUUACUAGCAGCUGUGGCCCACCUGGACCUGCCACUGCACUUUUUGUGCAGAGACUUGCUAAGCAGUACUUGUCAGUACUUUCAGACACUUUUGCGAAAUCCAGCUAGUGUCUUAUAGAUUCACACGGCCGAAACAUGCCAGCUAAUUGGCCUAUUUGUAUACGGAGAUUACUAAAGUCAUACAUUAAAGUUAAACUACUUGUAAAAGUGUUACUCUGGUCCCAGGAAGUAGAGUCUUCCCAGUCAUAUCAGUUUUGUUUCAUAUCUGAGAAGUAUAUAUAUUUUGUGGUAAAAAAAAGAUUGUAUACCAUAAAGUAUGCCUUAUGUUUUAGAAAGUGUAUGUUCUACUUGUAUACGUAUUCUAUAUCUCUAAACUGUUGCACUUGAUUAAAAUCUGGCAAAGUUAUAUUUACAUUAAAAUACUGUUAUUGUAAUGUGUUUAAUCUUCAAUGCUUAAAAUAUAUGCUGAUUUAUUUUUCAAACAAGUGUAAUUAUGAACCCAAUUCCAUUCAAAUUUUUAAUACAACAGAUAGUUUAAUACUAUUGCUUAUAGGUUUUAUAUCCACAGCAUGGAAUAAAUACACCCUUUUGAGUUUUUCAAAGCUUUACAUACAACAAAGAAAAAAUUAAUUUUUAUAACACCAAAAUAAAACAUUAUUUUACACAUAAUUAUUUUUAAAUUUUUUAAUGUUUUUUUUUGAGAGAGACAGACAGACAGAACACAAAUGGGGGAGGGGCAGAGAGAAGGGGAGAAACAAUCCAAAGCAGGCUCCAGGCUUCAAGCUGUCAGCACAGAGCCUGACACAGGGCUCGAACCCAUGAACUGUCAGAUCAUGAUCUGAGCCGAAGGCAGACGCUUAACCAACUGAGCCACCCAGGCACCCCCACAUAAUAUUUUUAAUAGUAGGACUUUUCUGAUUACAUACAUGAAUGAUCAUUGUAGGAAAUGUAGAAGAUACAAGGAAAGUAUUAAAAAAUAAGUUAUAUUUAGUUCUCCUUAUUAAAAAUUACCAUUUUUAACAUUUGGGUGCAUUUUCUUCUACAUUUUUGUAUUCAUUAUACACACAUCCAUACAUAAAUUGUGAUAUUGGAGUCAGAAUAUAUACUUUGUAUACAGAUUUUUCUCAUAAUGUCAUAGCAUAGUAGCUUGCUACACCGUAAAUAUUUUCCUAAGAUAUUUUAAUAAUUGCAUAACAUUACAAAAUAGAGAAAAACACAUUCUGAUACAGUUAGCUAGUCCUCAAAUUGGGACAUUUAGCUUUUUCUGAUUUUUCGGUAUUAUAAAUUGCACUGUGGUAAAUGUUCAAGUAAUGAACGUGAUACAUUCCUCAUAUUGUUCUAGAUGUGGUACAACUUUAUGAACAUUUUUAAUACUCUUAAUACGUUUUAUCAAAUAUUUUCCAGAAACCUUAUAACAAUUUACAAUUGUUAUAUGUCUGAACAUAUCUCACCACAGUCCCAGCAGCAUGAAAUAUUUACUAGAUUUAAACAGAAAAGUAAAAUUUACUGUAAGGAUCCACAUUCUACACACACAAACAGGGAUGCACCUGCCCUAAAGAAACUACAGUAACAUUUCUGCUCCCCUUGGGAAGUUGCCUACUUUUUCUCACUGGAGGCAUCAUUGGCUUUAGAGUCCACCUGGAACAGGCUGAUGUGAUUACCUGACUCAAUGAACAGUGAUCAAAAGACUGGGGUGAUGUAUGAAAUAGUUGAUGGAAGCUACAGGCAAGGGCGGGGGGGGCAUUCAGAGAGCCCUUAGUGGGCCGGCCAGAACCUCCACAAAGCAGCCUAUUACAUUCACAUUCCAAAGGACAGAGAAUUUAUUUUGAGAAUAAAUGUGGUUACAUAUGUCUCAUAUUAUUUUCCCUUUACAUUGUUUUUAAUUUCAUUAAUAUAAUACCAGCCGCUAACUCUCCAAAGUUCUGUUACUAUUUUCACAAAGUAUUACCUCUAAAAAAUAAAUUCUAGCUCAUCCCAAAUUAUAGUGUAAACUUAUCCUAUUUGAAUUCCCUCCAAAUCAAACAUAUGACUGUUCAUUUUUUUUAUUCAAUAGUCAUCCCAAACUAAGUGAUUACAAGUACUUCAAACUUGCGGAACCAUUUGAUAAAUUACAGUUGAUAAGAUUUCUGGCAGAUAACUAUAUUUAGAUACCCUCUAUCUCACGUAUUUAUUAACUGGCAUGAAUAACAUGUUCCAAGCCUCAUAUUCACUUCAAUUUCAUCAAAUUAUAUUGUGAUUUUUUCCUAAUCCCAUUUUGUGAAAUGGACAUUGGUAACUUCAGUGAUUAAUCUUGCUUCUUCAGUAAGAACAACUUAAUAUUGAAGUGGAGACUCUACUUACCAAAAUGUUAGGAUGAGAUGCCAUAAUUUACGUUUCAUGGACAUAUUCUGGGAUAUUUUAAAAUUUAAGCAUAAAGGAAUAAAACUAUGCAGAAAGACAGGUGCCCACCCGUCCCGACGUACAGUCCAACAGCAAACGUUUCAAUCAGCUUCCAUGGGCAGUAUGAGAUCGAGCCAAGUGUGAAGUACCCUGAUUGGCAGCCAUGGAAAGGCUCACAGAGAUCUGAUACCACAGUCUCAGUUUUAUAACUCUAUACACUGGGCCACUUUUCUUCCCCCAAGAAAACAUGCCAAAAUGGGGAACCAGACAAGAGAAAACAGAUUCAGACAAAUCACAAAAGUGAAGUGAAUGAAGCAAAUGAGUCCCAGGGAAUUUUGGAUAUUGGAACAAAAGGUGAUUUCCCUGAGGGUAGAGAAGGAAGUAAAUCAGUAGCAGAUGAGACUGAGGAGUGAAAAGAAGUCUGGAGGCAGCCACCCACUGCCUCAAUGGUCAGGAUGCAACCCUCAUAAAAGAGGUGCAUAGGGAUGUUUAGGUCCCCAGAGCCAUGUUGUAUCCCCUGGACCCAGACCAACCAGAAGAUGAGACCUAAAUAUUAAGGAGGGAAGCAAGUUAUAAACAGUAGACAAUGGUAUGGGGCAACACUCAACUGUAUGAUUUUUAUUUAUUUCAGGCUGCAUGUUAGGAAGGAAAAGGUCCUCUCUAGAACCACACUGGAGGCUUUGAUAAGACUGAAAAAUAAAUGUAAUGGGAAUAAGAAAAUGGAAGAGGUGGAAUAUUUGAGCUAGUGGUCAGAGAGUCAGAUUUUUAAAAUUUAAAAAUUUGAAAGUUAAAAUAUGAUUCUGUAACUAUAUUCACCAUUGUCUGAUAUAUUUGUGUAGUGAACACCUGUGCAACUAUCUACACAGGGUGCCUUCACCCUUUAUCAUAGGAAUUUCCCCACCUCACCCAAGGACAGGACCACCACCAUUUAUUGGCCCAGGCUUGAAGUGAACCAAUUACAUAUAUUUUCCCCUAAGAAUCCUUCAAACAGAUACUGAUGAACAGCUGGUCCUUCCCCACUGCUGAAAGUUGUGAAAUGUAAGUUUGGAAUCUAUUAGUAACCAUGUCCCCAGUGAGAGUGAAGUUAACAGAAAAGACAAAAAAUCCUGAGUUGCUUGAGUCCUUGAUUCUACCUGUGUCUGAUGCCAUGUCAUACUUCAGAACCAGCAUGCAUAGCUAAUAUCUAUAUGUGUUCCUUCCUGCUUGACCAAUAAGAAUUUCCUCUCUGAUGGCCAAGAGACACAUGAAAAUAUACUCAACAUCACUCAUUAUUAGGAAAAUGCAAAUCAAAACCACAAUGAGAUAUCACCUUAAACCUAUCAGAAUGGCUAGAAUCUUUUUGAUUCUAGAAAUAACAAGUGUUGACAAGGAUGUGGAGAACAAGGAUCCCUCAUGUACCACUGAUGGAUAUGUGAAUUGGUGUGGCCACUGAUGAAAACAGUAGGGAGGUUCCUCAGAAAGUUAAAAAUAGAAAUACCAAAUGAUCCAGUAAUUAAACCCCUGGGAAUUUACCCAAAGGAAUAAAAAAAAAACUAAUUCAAAAAGAUAUAUGCACCACUAUGUUUACAGCAGCAUUAUUUAUAAUAGCCAAGAUAUGGCAGCAACCUAAGUGUCCAGUGAUAUGGAUAAAGAUGAUUUGAUAUAUGUGUGUACACACACACACACACACACACACACACACACACACACACACAAUGGAAUACUAUUCAGCCAUAAAAGAAUGAACCUUGCUAUUUGCAACAACAUGGAUGAACCUUGAGGAUAUUAUGCGAAGAGAAAUAUGUCAGCCAGAGAAAGACAAAUACUAUGUGAUUUCACUUAUAUGUGGAAUCUAAAAAAUAACAAACAAAAAGGAAAAACAGACCCAUAAAUACAGAGAAUAAACUGAUGGCUGCCAGAGGGGAGGUAGGUAGGGGGAUGGGCAAAAUGGGUGAAGUGGAGUGGAAGAUACAGGUUUCUAGUGAUGGAGUAAGUCAGAGGAAUAAAAGGUACAGCAUAGGGAAUAUAGUCAAUGGUACUGUAAUAAUGUUGUAUGGUAACAGAUGGUAACUACACUUGUGGUGAGCACAGUAUAACAUAUAGACUUAUUGAAUCACUAUGUUGUACACUUGAAACUAAUGUAACAUUGUGUGUCAACUAUAGUUCAAUU